CGCAAGACCCUUCUGCCAGUCAGUGCCGUGCCGUCAAUAAUCAAUCGCGCAGAGGCUUGCCGCCUCCUCGGCGCCUCCUGACCUGCGCGCGUCUCGGCCGAUGGAUUUUCCUUUGAAUCAGCGGGGGCGGCGUCGACCCCGUCCCGUCGAAAACAGCGAAGCGAAGCGAUUGAUAAUCGCUGACAAUUGCUCUGCAAACCCAGACUGGCACUAACUAACCGAGCGGGAUGAUGCCAUGGCAUAGCAUGCACCACCGCCCACCGCCGUAUCUACGAGCAUCGGGCGGCCCUAGCUCACCUGUCGCCCCACGGCGGGCAAUGAUGAAUGCCACACGCAUCUCGCAAGGGGGCCCUACGCCUGCUACAUGUCAUGUCUACAGCACGACGUGGCGGGCGAGCUCUCGGACGGCCCGGCCGUUCUUUCGUUUGGAUCCAUGGCCCUGGUGGCGGGGCGGCUCGGCGUCUCGGCAGUGAAAUAAUAAUAAAUGGCGAAUAAUUAACACAAAAAGUUUUCGACGACGACCCUCGACAGCGACGCCAACGACGAAGUUCUCUUGCUGCUGCUUGCCGGGCGGGUUGAAGAAGAGGCUCCAUUUGUUGCUGUCGCUCUUCGACGACCGAGACGGACGGGCGGACGGAUGACGAUACACCAGCUGAACAACAAUCCGCGGCCCGACAUGGACUCUCGUGGCGAGAAACCACCCCCCGGCGACGAUCGUGACGCGGCGGCAAGCGACCCAAUCACCCGAGAACCAUCUGCCGCCGAGUCGAUAUGGGUCGCCGAGUCCAUGUCGCUUCCUCGUGAGGCGGCCUUCGUCGCCCUGGUGUGCAUGGCGCAGUUUUGCACCCGUACGACACGCCCAGGUCCCCGAACGGAUUUGAUAUAGGACUGACUUGGCUAUUUCGAUGCGCGCAGAGGCGUCAUACAUGGGCACGCUGGUCCUCCUCCGGACCAUCGGCCAGACCUUCAACAUCACCAGCCCGCCCCAGCUCGCGUGGCUCGUCGCCGGCUACUCCCUGACCGUCGGCACCUUCAUCCUCUUCUCCGGGCGGCUGGGCGACGUCUUCGGCUACAAGCGCCUCCUCCUCACCGGCCUGGCCUGGUUCUCGCUGUGGUCCCUCGUCGCCGGCCUGAGCGUCUACUCCAACUACCGCCUCGCCGUCUUCUCCCGCGUCCUGCAGGGCAUCGGCCCGGCCAUCUGUCUGCCCAACGCGCUGGCCAUCUUCGGCACCGCAUACCCCCCGGGCCACCGCAAGGCCAUGGUCUUUGCCUUCUUUGGCGCCGUGGCCCCCAUUGGCGCCGUCUUUGGCGGCACCUUUGCCUCGCUGCUGACCCUCGCCUGGUGGCCCUGGGCGCUCUGGGUCAUGGCCAUGUGGCUGGCCUUUCUCGCCAUCGCGGGCAACUGGAUCAUCCCGGCCCUCCCGUCGAAGAUGCCGCUACCGCGCGACUGGAAGUCGUGGGUGCAGGGCCUCGACCUGCCGGGUGCCUUUGUCGGCAUCGUAGCCCUGGUGCUCUUCAACUUUGCCUGGACGCAGGCUCCCAUUGACGGUUGGGGGACGGCGACUGUCAUCGCGCCGCUCGUCCUCGGGCUUGUGCUCUUCGGCCUGUUCGUCUACAUCGAGCUCAAGCUGAGCUCCAGGCCGCUUUUGCCCUUUGACGCGGUCAACGCAGACGUGGCUUUCGUAUUGGCUGCCGUCGUCUGCGGCUGGGCUACGUUUGGCAUCUGGACGCUGUAUCUCGUCCAGAUCCUGCAAGACAUCCGCCAUCUCUCCCCCUUGCUCACCACGGCGUGGUUCUGCCCCGUGGCCGUGGCCGGCGCUGCCGCCGCCGUCUUCACAGGCAAGCUACUGGGCCCCUGGCAAGUAAGGCCUCCGCUCGUCAUGACCCUUGCGCUCAUCGCCUUCACCACGGGCGCCAUCUUGACGGCCUUUGCGCCGGCCACGCAGCUGUACUGGGGACAGACCUUUGUGUCCAUGAUCGUCAUGCCCUUUGGCAUGGACAUGAGCUUUCCCGCCGCCACCCUCAUCCUCUCCGACGCCGUUGCCAGGCACCACCAAGGCAUCGGCGCCAGUCUGGUGAAUACCGUCGUCAAUUACGGAAUCGCGCUCGGCGUUGGCUUCGCUGGGACUGUCGAGGUCCACGUGCACGGGAGCGGCGAGACCAAGGAAGAGAGGCUGCGAGGCUUCCGCGGUGCCUUGUACAUGGCCAUUGGCUUGGCUGGGCUUGGUCUACUCAUAUGCCUUGCAUUCUUGGCCCGUGAAUUGAUGAGGUCGCGGCGGUCGCGAUGACCCUCCCCAUGACUGCUUCGCACAGCAGCCGCAGCAUGGGAACCUCCAACGCAUUCUAGACCGGCUGUCCGUGCCCUGAUCGGCGAAGCGGCAGACCCGCCUCGGCAUGAUUACCGCUAAUACGGCGCCCAUCUGUCCCACCGGGACUGGAGAACGAUGGCUUGGUUCAUUAAAGUCGCGUCGACACAUGCGACAGGCGACAGGCGACACUUGUCGUCUUCCUUUUCCUCUUUGUUAAGCGACGCAUGCAACACUGGCGUGUUUAUAGAAGUCUGUCCCCGUCUCUGCCUGAUGUAGAUUUUGAGGCCUCUAAGAAACGGGCAAGGCUGCAAAGGCCUCUGCUCUGAGACGCAGGGUUGGACCACAACUAGACGUUGAAGAAUCUUGAGAAACAUCAUCUCCCGGACAAUAAUUAAGAUGGUAGGAAGUCGGUUUGGACUCACGCGAAGGGGUUGCA